AUGGACCUGAGCCUGCGAGAUGCUCUGGGUGGGGGUGGAGGUGGGGCCCCUGCUGAGGCCCUGCUGAAGAGAGACUUUGUCGCCACGCUGGAGAAAGAGAGCUAUGAUGACAAGGUGGGAGAGUCGGUCACCAAGAGCGACUACCGACCCUUACUGGAUGGGAAGGACACCAAGAGCGGUCCAGGGAUGAUGUCAUCAAUGAUGUCAUCAGGGGGACUCCAAGACUCAGCUGGACAGCCUGCCUUCAGCUCUGACUACCUGUCUGGUCCUAUGAUGGGUGGGAAGACAGAUCAAUGGAGCCUGAACAAGACAAAGGACAGCAGCAUGCCUGACUCAUUUCUAGGCUUCUCUCAGUCUGGGAUGGGAGGGACCGUGGGGUCCAGCAUGCCACCUUUCCAGAGCAGCAUGAGCUCCACUCUCGGCCAGACUGGGAUGGGGUCAGCUACGGACACCCAGAAGAGCUCAGGCUUGUUUGGUGUGGAAAACAAAACCACCAGUAACAUCAGUGGAAGCAGUCCAUUUAAAGGCAGUGAUAUGUUUUCUUCUGGUGGCCCGGGAAUCCACUCUAUGGAUCAUUCUGCAGCUCCCAUCCUCUCUCCCAGCGGCUCAAUGGACGACAGCAGUCCCACUUCCUCCAACUCUGAACCCCUGAGCCCCGAGAGAGUGGGGCCGGGGGGUGAGGCUGGCAAGCAGCAGCAGAGACGGAAGAAGAAGAAGAGGAAGGGCCACGAUGAGGUCCACGACUUCUUGGAUAGCCAGGAGAAUAACAUCGGCCAGUCAGACAAGCAUGGGAUGCUGGAUAAGGGUGGGCAGGUGGUGGAGGAGGACGAGGAUGAGGAGGAGAACUGGGAGUGGGAGAUCAGAGAGAGUGGAGGAGGGGGUAGAGUGAAAGGCAAGAAGACUAAGAGUCGGGCAAGGCUUCCAGAGGAGUGGGGAGCGCCCCAACAGCCCAUCUCUCCCACAUUGGCUACAGUCGGUCCUACCGGGGCUACAACUGCUGACUCUGGUCCUUCUGACUCCAAAGCUCCAAACUCCAGCCCCAGCCCUCUUUUGCCCUCUGGCCCUGCACAAAUACCCACAAGUUUCACCAACCAUUCCCAUGCUAGCCUCGUAAGAGAUUCAUCUCCUCGCUCCUAUGAGCCCAUGUGUGUAGACGAUUUCCCUGCGUCUGCUAAAGACGGUCAGAAAGCAAACCAAGAGAAAGGUGCUACCAGCAAACCUGAAGCUACCAGAGGCUCAGCCGCCAGCGCUGCCAGCAAGAGUAGUGUAGCUGCGGAUGUUAGCGGUAGUCUAGCAUUGAUGACAGGUGACAAUCUGAGCCCAGUCUCCCAGACCUUCUCUUUCCUGGACUCAGUCCUCCAGACCCCUCCAGGUUCCACUCCUGACUCACAGACCACCACCCCUAUCACCAACACUCCCUCCCUUGCUACUGCUGCCCUGACAAAGUCGACCCCGACAGAAACUGUCGUCCCUGCUUCACAAGCCAAUUCUAUUUUCAACCCCUCCAAGAGCACUCCAGACCCUCCUCCUGCCUCGGCUUUGUCCACCAACCCAUCACCCUUAGCUGCCACAAUCACUCACCCUCCAACAUUUGCAGGGGGAUCAGCCCUAAACGUCGACGCCAAGCCUUUUGUCCCCUCAGCAACACUCAUAUCCUCCGCAGCAAUACCCAGUACAACUGCAGCCACUCCAGUUGUUAGUACAGCAGCUGCCUCCACAGGAACCACUGCUGCCACAUCCUCUACCACCUCAGCCACGCCCCUUAGUUCCUCAGCAUCUCCCUAUAAGAAUGAAGCCACACCCACAUCACCACCCCCCCAAAAAAAUGUAGCCGUGCCCAUUAGCCCAGCAACAGCCAACCUCCCUUCCUCCAUCACCCCCGCAGCCCCUCCCUCUGUCCCUGCACACUCAGAGCACCAGGAGUCCUCGUCGUCACCGCUCCCCCCACUGGAAGUGAAAACUGACAACAAGGACAAGCAGGAAAAGAUAGACAUCAUGUCCAGCAAGACAGACAAGAUCGAUGCCUUUGACAAGAAAGAGAAAGAGGAGCAGCAGAAGAAGGACAACGGCCCAGACAAGAACCAGAAGUCUGACAAGAUUGUCAAGGAUGAGGAAAAGAUGGAGAAGAUGAACGCGCAGAAAAACAACAAGGCCAGCGAGAAGGCAGAGAAGGUGGACAAGCCGGAGAAGACCAACAAAGAUGAGAAGAAGGAGGAGGAGAAGAAGCCGGCUGACAAGAAGGAGGAGAAGGGAGGGAAAGCGACAGCCAAGUCUCCAACAGGCAACGGCAGCAAGACUCUGCCAAGCCCUGACAGCAAGAGCAAGCCUGACGUGGGUUCAACUAAACCAAACUCAGCCAAACCCCGCCCAUCCACCCUCUCCACCAAUGGCGAGGCCACCUCAGCCAAACGCCCCUCCCCCACCACAGCCUCAGCCAAUAAAAAAAGCCCUGUACCCAAGGCGACAACACCCACUGCCGCCAAGCGGCCACCAACGGCAACUGGCUCCGCCAAGGCUGCCAAGACUCCAGAAAAUGGUACAGCUGAGAAACGCCCACCUGUGCCAAAGGCCACGCCCACACCCCGUGCAGCUCCCAAUAAGAAUGGUUCCUCUGCGACUGCUGCAAGUAAAACUGCAGCCAAGAAUGAGAAGAAUGAAAACAAGACAGGAGAGCCCAAGAAGCCCAAGACUACAGCCCGUCCUCGGCCGGCCUCCACCACCACUCCCGCUACCCCGGCUGCCUCCACUAACGGUGAAUCCAGCUCCACCCACCGCCGCAGGAUCAUCACCAAACCCCCCGUGCCCAAGCAGACCCCAAUGGAGAAGAAGCCGCCAGUGCCCCGUGCUCCUCGAACCCCGCGCCCCAUCAACGCCCCGACACCUGACCUUAAGAACGUCCGCUCCAAGAUCGGGUCCAUUGACAACAUCAAGUACCAGCCUGGCGGAGGAAAGGUCUCCUCCACCCCGAACAGCAAGGCAUCAGACCCCUCCACCCCUGCCGCCAAGGCCAGAGUUCAGAUAGUGCACAAAAAGCUGGACUUCAGCCAUGUCACGUCUCGCUGUGGCUCCAAGGACAAUAUCAAACAUGUCCCUGGAGGUGGCAAUGUGCAGAUCCUGAACAAGAAGGUCGAUGUCAGCAAGGUGACGUCCAAAUGUGGCUCCAAGGACAACAUCAAGCAUAAGCCAGGAGGAGGUGAUGUGAAGAUUGAAUCCCAUAAGCUAAACAUUAAAGCUAAGUCUAAGGUUGGAUCCAUGGACAAUGUGGGCCCAGGCAACGGACAGACCAAUGGACACAAGGAGGAGAAAACAGAGGAGAAGAAUUCCUCACCCCCAAGUGGUGCUCCGACAACUGGACCAGCAGGCGUUGCUAAGGCAACAGCACCAGGAGGGGUUGCUAAGGAGAAUGGGGUGAAGGAGCCCACACCUACUCCUUUUGGGGGAGACGGACUGAGGGAGCCCCUUAGCAUAGACAAACGCAUCACUGAGACAAGUGGGUAA